GUCGCGGAGCGCUACCCCUACGGUCCUAAGGAGGGAUCAGGCGGAUGGGAGUCGGCGUCAACUGGAUGCUCCGGAGCCUGAACGGGUGGACGGAAGGUCGGCAUCCCCGGGGCCUGGCACGGCCGGGGUCUCCAACGGUGAGUCCAUAUCUGCACAACACUCCGGACAGUUAUUGGGCUAUUUAAAAACACUAUUGGAGGCAUAG